UUCCCCAACUUUCAAAUAUUAAUACCCUUAAUACCAACCUAAUUGAUAAAGAAUUAUUGAUUAAUGAAUACAAAAAUGAUUCUUAUUUUGAACCAAUUUACCAAGCAUUAAUAUCCAAAGAAAAUAAACCCCAAGCACGUAACUUUGAACUCCAUGAUGAAUUAAUUUAUCUCAGAAGUGAAAAACGACUUGCAAUUCUUAACAAUAAGGAAUUAUGA